AUGGACCAGUUGUCGGAUUCUCGGCUCGAAGCUUUAGCAUUUAACUACCUAAGUUUUGGGAUCUUCACUAUUGUUAAUAAUCUAUGGACGUGGGUCGCUAUCAUGACGGCGGCGGUUAGUUUAUGGAGAAUCAGAGCCGCCGGCGCCGCCACUUCAUCAUAUUCUGUUAAAAGUCAGGAGCAGUGCCCGUCAACAUCCGUUAUUGGUCGACCGAUUCCCGAAGUUAAAGAAAAACUGACCGUUUCACCUUUGGUGUCAGCUCCAGCUUCCGUUACGGAGACGCGUGUUUCGCGGUUCGUUUGCAAUGACGGGGUGACAAAAAGUGGGAAGCCCAAGUUGACCGUUUAUUACGAAGAGGACAUCGACGGUGAAACGACAGAUACGGAAUGGAGUGACGGUGACGGGUACUGUACGGAAGGGAGUCGCGGCGGGGAGUGGUGGGAGAGUUGGGAGGGAGUGUUGAGGUUUAGGAAAGGGGAGACAGGGUGGUACCGUUAUCAGAAUUUGACGGCGAUAAACGGCAACGUUGUUCGGUUAUGGGAUGAUUCAUGUAGAAGAGGAAUGUACAGCCGAAGCUGUUCUGUAGGGUAG